AGAGUGACCGGAGGCGCCAUCGUUUUCGUUGCGAGUAUUUUGAAUUCUCAGACUACUUCGGGCGAGAUUUGAUUACUGCACCGUAUCGUUUCAACAUUACCGAUUGAUAGUAAUUAUCAAACAGCAAGUGAAAGUGUUAAAUUUGGAGGUUAGCUGUGGCAGUGCAGCGAUGGCGACGCAUCCGAACACGGAAACUGGAAGUGCUCAACUGUCGGCGUGGGAGCGCCGACGGCAGUAUGCCGAACAAUUACGAGAGAAGAACACUUCCGUCAGAGCCAGCUUUUCCACCCCACGCCAGCAGACUGCGGACCACAGCAGUGCCACGGGUGCUCCGCCGUCAAAGAAACCUCGUCUCCAGCCGGCGGAGGCGGAAUGCCGAUCAGUCCGCACCACACGCUUGGACACCGUUUCCAAAAAGCCUAUGCUGCCACCGCGCGUCCCGACCAAGGUGAAAACUGGACUGCCUGUCCAGAAAAAUCAAGCAACUGCUGCUCGUCCCUCAACCACAACUAAGCCGCUUCAGCAAAACAAGCUGGCAACUAAGGUGACAGCGAAACCACAAGAGUUAUCCGCCAAGGUUAUUCCGGUCAAAGCCCGACACGUUCCGGUGAAAACGGCCGACAACGAAACCAAGGGAGUCGGAGCGACGUCCCUGCAACGAAGCACAGCAAAGAACAACAAACCUCGAGUUCUCGGCUCACUUGAGCUGUCUUCCUCAGCAGCACCCAAGCGGCACGCUCUGUCAUCCAAAUCACAAGCGGUCACAACGAAAUCUCAUCUGGCGACUGGAAAAAGGAGCCCGCCACUGAAACGACUGCAGCAGGCAAGCCAAUUCAAGCCCAAGCCUGCAGCCAGAAGCCGUGCCGAACCGGAGCGCAAGUCAGUUGGAAAAAAGAAUGCGGGGAGGAGCAUCUUCGUGAAAAGCGCCAAGAAGGACCGUUCAUCAAGCUCGUUCGCCGCCGUCGAGGAGGUCGAAAAGAAUCCGGCCAAAGUUGAGCCGACGCCUGCCAUUCUUUUGGAUGAAUUUCCGCUUGUUGGCGCGACCGACAAACAGUCGACAGACGUGCUGACGACGCUGUGUAGGACGCCGGAGUCGCAGAAGCAUAAGCAUUCUGCUGCGGACUCGAGCAUGUUUACCAACGUGGGCUCCGCAGGGAACACGCCGUUCCAACCUGCGUGCGGAGCGGCGCGGAAGCUGGUCGAGAUGACGCCGCGUGACCGGCUGCGCAACAAAAGGACGCCGUUGCAGACAAUUUCCUCCGGCGAGCUAUCCGGCGACUCGUUCAAGACGGCCGCCGAGACAACGCAGGACAUUCGAGACCUGACCGACUCCGGGGAUGGUUUGGGAGACGAUCUCGACGGCACGUUCACGCUAGAGGACGAAGACAAGGUGGCGUCUCCGGCGCCGGCGGCGAAUAUACGCGAGCGGAGGGGAGCUCCGACGGGCACCCCGUCGUGCCUGCGCAAAAGCACGAGGGGCAGCACGUCGUUCAAGAAGUCUGUGUCUUUCUCGGUGACUGGGACGCAGGACAGCACGCCAAAGAGGCUGCCCAAGACGCCGCGGAGGGGGCGCACGAUUAGCGAGAGCAUCAAUGCAUGGCUCAAGGCCAGGGGCAGUCCCUCGAUUUCCAAACUGCGCCACUCCAGCUGCUUCGAAGAGCACACCCCAGAGCCGGCAACGCGGAAGGCCACCCCCAGGAAGAACAGCCAGCACCGACCAAAAGCCACACCCGCAGCCACUCCAGUCCCCAAUACAGAGGCCGACAAAGCCACUCCACUCCCCAACGUUGGCACCUCGGAGGAAACUGUCGACGCGAGCGAGACAGACGCCAUUCCCGACAAAGAGAAGCUGUCCUUAGUCCUGAAGGAGCUACGUGGCCACUUGACUGAGUCCCAGACCUCGUCCCAGGACGUCUGCACACGGCUCGAUCAGCUGGUGGUCAAGUGUCCGAAGAUCACGGACUACUCCGACUACUGGAUCUGCCGCUCUCUCGGUCACCGGAAUGCGGGCAACGACGACAAGGCUCUCGAGGCGCUCUUCCUCGGAUCAGAGUCUGCCAAAGACGACAACAAAGACCUCCUCGCAAUGACGAAGGAGCUCGACGAGAAGAUGUCCGUCAAGGAGAACGUCGAGCCGCCCACGGAGUCCGUCGUGCGGCAGACGCGGAGGAUCGUUCGGUCCCCUUGGUCUAGGGAGCUCUUGGAUAUCUCGAUGGACAACGUCUUCUCGUCGACGGUGAUCACGUACAAGGUGUGCGAGGCAACCUCCGUCACCAGAGUGAGGGCCGCAGUGUCUGUGGAAAAGUCGAGCGGGACCGCCGUCAUGACACCAGUUCGCCGCUCUUCCCGGCAUGCCCCGCGGCGUUCCAACGUGCUGGUGCCGGACGGGGUGCUGUACAAGCCAAACCCAGCCCUCGACGACCUAGCCUGACGGGAUCCACCCCCAAACGGCUUCUUUCAGACCAGUGCGGCGUUACCAAACACUUCCUCACAUUUUUAAUAAAGAACCUAAGACCAUGCA